GGGAGAGGAGGAGGCGGCGGCGGCGGAGGGCGGCCGCUUGCGCCCCUCUUUCUGUUCCUCCUGAGGCAGGCCUGGCCGGGCCAGGCCGGGACUGAGUGAGCCCCCUUUCCCCGGCCGGCGGGCUGCUCUGCUUUCCUCCAGCCAAAACUCAAUAGGCCCCGAAGCGGAUACCGACCGACUGCGCUGGCGGCGGAAAGCUGCCCUCGCUUGCUGCUGCUGCCGCCCUCUCCUCCUACCAGACGGCUAUCGCAGGGCUUGCCUCGGCGUCCGAGAAGGGAGGAGGAAAAGGAGCAGAAGGUGGGAGACCCGCCGGGAGCGGGAGAAUGAACCAUCAGCAGCAGCAGGCGGGGAAAAUGUCUGCGUGUCCGCCGCCGGAAUCCGGGGAAGGGUUCAGCACGGGGCGCCAAAGGAAGCUGGAGUCGAUGAUCCGGGACCCCCGGUCUCCGGUCAAUGUGGAAAGUUUGUUGGAUAGUUUGAACUCCUUAGUUCUUGAUCUGGAUUAUCCAGCACUGAGGAAGAACAAGAACAUAGACAACUUCUUAAACAGAUAUGAGAAAGUUGUGGAAAAAAUUCGUGGUCUACAAAUGAAAGCAGAAGACUAUGAUGUCGUUAAAGUGAUUGGAAGAGGUGCAUUCGGUGAAGUACAGCUGGUUCGACAUAAAAUAACACAGAAGGCUUAUGCCAUGAAACUUCUUAGUAAAUUUGAAAUGCUCAAAAGGUCAGACUCAGCCUUUUUCUGGGAGGAGAGAGAUAUAAUGGCCUUUGCAAACAGUCCAUGGGUAGUUCAGCUUUUUAGUGCCUUUCAAGAUGACCGAUACCUAUACAUGGUAAUGGAAUACAUGCCAGGUGGAGAUCUUGUCAACCUCAUGAGCAAUUAUGAUGUGCCUGAGAAGUGGGCCAAAUUUUACACAGCUGAAGUUGUCCUUGCCCUUGACGCAAUUCAUUCCUUGGGCUUGAUACAUAGAGAUGUGAAACCUGACAACAUGCUUUUGGAUAAAUAUGGACACCUGAAGCUUGCAGAUUUUGGUACUUGUAUGAAAAUGGAUGAAACAGGGAUGGUGCGUUGUGAUACAGCUGUUGGAACACCAGAUUACAUAUCACCUGAAGUAUUAAAGUCACAAGGUGGCGAUGGUUAUUAUGGACGGGAAUGUGACUGGUGGUCUGUAGGAGUUUUUCUGUUUGAGAUGCUAGUUGGAGAUACUCCAUUUUAUGCUGAUUCAUUGGUGGGAACUUACAGUAAAAUAAUGGAUCACAAAAACUCAUUACAUUUCCCAGAAGAUGUGGAAAUCUCGAAGCAUGCAAAGGAUCUUAUUUGUGCCUUUUUAACAGACAGGGAGGUGCGUCUUGGCAGAAAUGGAGUCGAAGAAAUUAAAUCUCAUCCGUUCUUUAAGAAUGAUCAGUGGGAUUGGGGUAACAUUCGAGACACUGCUGCGCCGGUUGUACCUGAGCUGAGUAGUGAUAUAGAUAGCAGCAAUUUUGAUGACAUUGAAGAUGAUAAAGGAGAUGUCGAAACCUUUCCAGUCCCCAAAGCCUUUGUUGGAAACCAGUUGCCUUUCAUAGGAUUUACGUACUUUAGAGAGAAUCUGUUGCUAAGUGACUUUUCUGAGCUCUGUAGGGAAGUUGAACCCUGCAAGAACAAUGGGGCAAGGAAAAAUGAACCAAGGAAAAACGAGUUUGCACAAUUUCAGGAAAAAGUAAGCAAAUUAGAAGAUCAGCUUCGUAAUGAAGUACAAGCCAAAGAUGAGCUCGAGCAAAAAUGCAGAACCAUUAAUAAUCGCCUAGAGAAGAUAAUAAAGGAACUGGACGAGGAGGCAACCUCAAGAAAAAAUCUAGAAUCUGCCUACAGGCAGUUGGAAAGGGAGAAAGCUCUUCUCCAACAUAAGAAUGCAGAAUACCAAAGGAAAGCGGAACAUGAGGCAGAUAAAAAACGCAAUCUGGAAAAUGAUGUUAACAGUUUGAAGGAUCAGCUUGAAGAUUUGAAAAAAAGGAACCAGAACUCUCAAAUAUCAAAUGAAAAAAUCAUUCAGCUACAAAGACAGCUGGAUGAAGCUAAUGCUUUACUGCGCACAGAGUCUGAUACAGCAGCCAGGUUGAGAAAGAACCAGACGGAAAGUACAAAGCAGAUUCAGCAGCUGGAAGCUAAUAACAGAGACCUGCAAGAUAAAAACUGUGCGCUGGAGAAUACGAAGCUCAGGCUUGAGAAGGACUUCCUCAAUCUGCAGUCAGCUCUAGAAUCUGAAAGAAGAGAUCGGACUCAUGGGUCGGAGAUUAUCAGUGAUCUACAGGGCCGGAUAUCUAGUCUGGAAGAAGAAGUAAAGAAUGGGAAGACUGCAUUAGCUAAAAUGGAGACAGAGAAAAGACAAUUACAGGACAGGUUCACAGAUUUGGAAAAGGAGAAGAGCAAUAUGGAAAUAGAUAUGACUUACAAGCUCAAAGUCAUGCAGCAGAACCUGGAGCAAGAAGAAGUUGAACAUAAGGCAACAAAAGCCCGGCUAGCAGACAAAAAUAAAAUCUAUAAAUCCAUUGAGGAAGCCAAAUCUGAAGCCAUGAAAGAAAUGGAAAAGAAACUUUCAGAGGAGAGAGUUUCAAAGCAAAAAGUAGAAAACUGCUUGUUGGAAGUUGAAAAACGUUGUUCUAUGUUGGACUGUGAUCUAAAGCAAUCACAGCAGAAAAUAAAUGAGCUGCUUAAGCAGAAAGAUAAACUAAAUGAGGAUGUUGAAAACUUGACAUUGAAAAUAGAACAGGAAACACAAAAGCGCAGCCUCACACAAAACGACCUCAAGAUGCAAACACAGCAUGUUAAUGCAUUGAAAAUGACAGAGAAGCAACUAAAACAGGAGAAUAACCAUCUUAUUGAAAUCAAGCUAAGUUUGGAAAAGCAAAACAAUGAACUCCGCAAGGAACGACAAGAUGCUGAUGGACAGAUGAAAGAACUUCAAGAUCAACUUGAAGCAGAGCAGUAUUUUUCAACGCUGUAUAAAACACAAGUUCGGGAACUUAAAGAAGAAUGUGAAGAAAAAACCAAACUUUGUAAAGAAAUGCAACAAAAGAUACAAGAGUUGCAAGAUGAGAGGGAUUCCUUGGCAGCACAACUUGAAAUUACAUUAACCAAAGCAGAUUCUGAACAAUUGGCUCGUUCUAUCGCUGAGGAACAAUACUCAGAUUUGGAAAAAGAGAAGAUCAUGAAAGAGUUGGAAAUUAAAGAAAUGAUGGCUAGGCACAAGCAGGAACUUUCUGAAAAAGAUGCCACAAUAGGAUCGCUGGAAGAAGCAAAUAGGACACUAACUAGUGAUGUAGCUAAUCUUGCAAAUGAAAAAGAAGAGCUGAAUAAUAAACUUAAAGAAGUUCAAGAAAGAAUUGUCCAUCUUAAUGAGGAAGAAGCUGAUAUGGAUCAACUUAAGACUCAGUAUGAGAAGCAGUUGGCUUAUGAAAGAACUAUGAAGACACAGGCUGUGAACAAACUGGCUGAAGUAAUGAACCGCAAGAAUCCGAUCCAAAGAGGGGCUGACACUGAUGUGAGAAGGAAAGAAAAGGAGAACAGGAAAUUGCACAUGGAAUUGAAAUCUGAACGUGAAAAAUUAACUUCAAUGAUGCUCAAGUAUCAGAGGGAAAUCAACGAGAUGCAAGCUCAAAUAGCAGAUGAGAGCCAGAUACGAAUCGAACUGCAGAUGGCUCUCGACAGCAAAGACAGUGACAUCGAGCAGCUUCGCUCACAGCUCCAAUCAAUACAUAUCGGUCUAGACAGCAGCAGUAUAUGCGGUGGUCCUGGGGAAGCAGAUGCGGAUGAUGGCUUCCCUGUUCGUAUCACUCAGUCCCACACUUCGGAGUCUAUGUCUUUUACCUACCAACGCUCUUCUACCUCUGUCAGUAUUGCUACUAAGCCUUCCAGUUCUCAUGUGUUUGCCAACUCUGAUUCUGACUCAGAGGAAGAACCAUUGACUUCUGAACAGGUCCCUUCAGAACCUGACAGUCCAGAGUCAAGACUAGAGGGUUGGCUAUCUUUGCCUGCCCGAAACAACACAAAGAAAUUUGGAUGGGUUAAAAAGUAUGUCGUAGUAAGCAGCAAGAAGAUACUGUUCUACCACAAUGAGCAAGAUAAAGAACUAUCAAAUCCUUACAUGGUGUUAGACAUUGACAAACUGUUCCAUGUUCGGCCUGUCACACAGACUGAUGUAUACAGGGCAGAUUCUAAAGAUAUUCCCAGGAUUUUCCAGAUCCUAUAUGAUAAUGAAGGAGAAAGCAAGAAGGAACAGGAAUUUCCUGCAGAAUCAUCGGGGGAGAAAUCGAAUUAUAUUUGCCACAAGGGACAUGAAUUCAUACCUACACUAUAUCACUUCCCAACCAAUUGUGAGGCUUGCAUGAAGCCCUUGUGGCACAUGUUCAAACCCCCUCCUGCAUUGGAAUGCCGCCGCUGCCACAUCAAAUGUCAUAAAGAUCAUAUGGAUAGAAAAGAAGAGAUCAUAGCACCUUGCAAAGUAAAUUACGAUAUUUCAACUGCAAAGAAUCUACUACUGUUAGCAACUUCUACAGAGGAUCAGCAGAAAUGGGUGAGCCGUUUGGGGAAAAAAAUUCCCAAAAAGCCUCCAGCACCAGACCCUUUUGCACGGUCUUCACCAAGAACUUCCAUGAAGGUACAGCCAAACCAGUCUAUCAGACGGCCAAGCAAACAGCUUCCUCCAAAUAAAAAGGAAGGCUUUCCUCCAAGAUUGAUUGAUAUGGCAUGUAGAGACUGGGAUUGGUCAUUUGAUGAUAUUGAUUUUGAUAUUGAUUUUCAUAUUGAUGAUGCUGAGAACGAUAAUUAUCUUGAUGAUAGCGAUGAUGAUAACGAUGUGUUUGUUCUGAAGAGCUAACUGCCUUCUGUGAAUGCAGUCACUGUUGAAGGUGAUUUUCUUCUCAUUGAAAUAAGACUGAAACAUCGUAUCCCAAAAUUUAUGAAAAAUAUAUAUAUAUGUUCCUGAAAGACAGUUAUAUAUAAAUAUAUAUAUCAGAAGUUUA